AUGGAAAAGGUGUCGCCAUUCUUCAUCAAGAAAGCAGUGGAUAGCAUUUCUCUUAAUGUCACAAUCAGUCGGAUGCGAGACGGAAAAUUGUUACUGAAAUCGAUCGACAGACAACAGGCGCAAAAAUUGUUGAAACAAAUAAUGUUGAGAGGAAAAUAUGGCAUUAAAGUUGAGGAACACCCAACCCUCAAUUUGACCAAGGGCGUAAUCAAUUGUCGGGACUUUAUGUUUCUCAAGGACGAAGAAAUCUUGGAAGAACUAAAGACUGAACACGUAAUUAGCAUCAGACGAUUCUCGGAUCGAAUCAAGGACGGAAAAACGAUACGAUCAUCCACGUUCGUAUUAACAUUCAACCUUGGAAAUUUACCUUCAUCGAUCAACGUCGGUUUCUACAACUGUAAAGUGAAACAGUAUGUUCCAUCUCCUUUGAGAUGUUUUAAAUGCCUACACUAUGGACACGACAAAGAACGCUGUAGAGGUAAUCAGAUCUGUGCUAGAUGCGCGAACCUCUACCACGAAGGAGAGUGUUCAACACCAGUAGUGUGUGUGAACUGUCGUCAAAAUCACCACGCUCUCUCAAAAGAAUGUCCCAUAUUCCAAGACGAACUUGAGAUCCAGAAGAUAAGAGUAACUGAGAAAAUCUCUAUCCGUGAAGCCACCCGUAAACGACGACUUCAAGUUCCGCAUCCUAUCCCACACCGAUUGACUAGAAGUUUUGCUGAUGUUACCCAACACAUGGUCACCGAGAAAGCGAGACGCGAAGGUGCUGCUGCAAUUGUUGUGGCUACUACUACAGACGCUGCUGCCCAUUCCUCCAACAAAACCGAAUUAACAAUUAAUCCGAACAACAAAGCCGGAGAUGCUGAUAUGGCCGAGAACUCUAUCGACUCAGAGAGAGAAUUUCCGAUAAGAACAACUCCUACAAAACAAAGAAACGAAGGUUCGCAACAGAUGAAUCAAAAACGAAAGAAACGUAAAGUUCAAAAUAGUGAUAACGAUGAUGUCUUUCAAGAUAAAAUAAGUUUUGCGGAUAUUGUUAAAAGUUCUAAUAUUGCUGAGAAAAGUAAUGCAACGGGUACUAUUAAUAAGCAAGGUAAUCGUAAGGCUCCUCCGGUCAUUGUGAUAAAACCUAAGGAGUCCAAGCAAGCUUGCGAAGAAACUCGUACGCAUUUGAAAAAUAAAUUAGAUCCAAGAACACACAAAAUAAGCAAUUUCAGAAAUGGUAGAGAUGGCUCCAUCAUUGUUGAGUGUGCAACUGGAGCAAAUUUAAACGAUGUGAAGAAUGACAUUGAAACUAAUCUGGGUGAGAAAUAUAGUGCUGUUGUUCCCAUAUCGGUGCCAAGAUUGAAAAUUGUGGGCAUGAGCGACCAGUAUUCCUCCGAUAUCUUCGUUGACUAA